UUUCACGUGCACUUCGCGGGCAGACAUCACUGAUUGUGCGGUUCUAUUUCACUGACGUCGACGUAGUUGCUGUGACGUCACGACGCCAGCACAACAGUCUUUCAGGUGAACGAAAACGAACACUUUACCGCAGCUUCACACGCAUGCGCUCACAAUCUAAGAUGAAGACGAUGCUGUGGCUCCUCCCACUGGCCACGCUCAUGGCGACAGCCUCGGACUUGCCCCUCCCCAUGGAACCCCGACUUCAGUUGCCUUACGAAGCGCUGAAAAAUGGGUCGGCUGUGUACUGGGGGGGCGGCGCCACUGGUGGUGUCCCGGUGCUGCUGCUGGAUGAAGACCAGGGCUGGUUGCUGGUCGGAGGGAAAGACCACGUGCACCUGCUAAGGUCAGACAGCGUUGAUCUUCCCUGGCAGACGGUGCACUGGCCGGCUGCCCAAAGAGAUGUGCAACACUGUCUCAUGAUUGGAAAAAGUCUGCAGAGCGAGUGCGCCAACUUUGUGCGUCUGCUGCAGCCUUUCAACAAGACGCAUGUUUACGUUUGUGCCACAGGCGCCUUCAACCCUCAGUGUGGCCUCCUUCACGUCAACCUUCAUACACCGGAGGCGCUGUCAUUGCUGUCUCACACAGUUGUAUCCGGACGAGGAAAAUGUCCUUACAGUCCAAGGGAACCUUUCACUGCUCGACUGAGCGACACCGACGUGUAUGCUGGCACAUCUGUGGAUUUCAUGGGCACCAACGCUGCCAUCUUUCGUACGUCCAUCCAGGGUGCCGGCCGGCAUCUCCGCACGGAAGCUUAUGACCACAACUGGCUCAACGUGCCGGAGUUCGUAGGUUCCUUCUCUAUCCCAGACACGCACCAUCCCGAUGACGACAAGAUCUACUUCUUCUUCAGGGAGGCGGCCGUGGAGGCCGACCAGUGGGACCACAAGGUCUACAGCCGAGUGGCUCGAGUGUGUAAGAAUGACGCAGGAGGCAGGCGGAGCCUGAUCAACCGCUGGACCACAUUCCUCAAAGCCCGGCUGGUCUGUUCGGUGCCAGGUCCAUCUGGGGUCCAUACACACUUUGAUCAACUUGAGGACGUCUUUGUUCUGGAGACUAAAGAUCCUCAAAACCCGAUCAUCUACGGAGUCUUCAGAACCUCCAGCUCGUUGUUUCGAGGCUCGGCAGUUUGCGUCUUCCCGAUGUCGUCGAUUCGAGCGGCCUUCAACGGUCCAUUUGCACACAAAGAAGGUCCCGACUAUCGCUGGGUGGAGUACAAAGGACGCAUCCCGUACCCGAGACCUGGCGCUUGUCCCAGUGAGACCAAUGAUGCGCUCCAUGAGUCCACCCAGGACUUUCCAGACGAGGUGGUGAGCUUCAUGCGACAGCAUCAGCUCAUGUGGGAACCCGUCCUGCCUCUAGGCGGCAGACCCGUCUUCACCCAGGUCAACGUGUCCUACAUGCUAACCAGGGUGGUGGUAGACAGGCUGGACACGGAGGACGCAACCUACCACGUCUUAUUCCUAGGCACAGAUGACGGGAAGGUGCUGAAGGUUGUGUCUGAGGUCAAAGACACAUCAGAGAUAGACGCCAUCUUUCUAGAAGCGCUAACGGUCUUCCAGAGUCCUGCUGCCAUCCACAGCAUGAAGAUCUCCAGCAAGAAACAACAGCUGUACGUGUCCAGCAAAGGGGGCGUGGCCCAGCUGGCGUUGCAAAGGUGUGAGUUGUACGGCGCUGACUGCAGCGACUGUCGCUUGGCCAGAGACCCGUACUGCAUCUGGGACGGACAGACCUGCUCCAGAUUCUUUGCCUCCAGCAAAAGGAGGGCCCGGACUCAGGACACAACGUAUGGCGAGACCUGGAGUCAUUGUCCAAUCACAGAUGGCCCUUGGAACUCCGUGGAGGUGAAGGUUGUGUAUGGCGUGGAGGGAAACACGUCCUUCAUGGAGUGUGUCCCACGCUCGCCACAGGCCGAGCUUAGGUGGACGCUGCAGCAGCAGAAUGAAGGAAGUCAUGUGCUUCGUUCAUGCAAUGAUGAGCGCCACAUCCACACUAAAAGAGGGUUGCUGGUUCAACGCCUCCAACUGUCCGACGACGGCGUCUACACCUGCAGUGGCUCGGAACUCUCCUACAGCCGCGUCGUGAGCCGCUUCCGCCUUCACGUCAUCCCCGCUCACCGCCUCCUCCCCGGGGCCCGCGGCGGUCCUAACCGGCAACCUCCCGUCCCAGCCGCCGCAGCCGCCGCUCUGCCUGCAAUCUCCAAGGACCAGAAGAUAGUGGAGUAUUGCCAGCAGAUGUGGUUCCGAGAGAAACGGCGGCAAAACAAAGUCUUCACACUGAAACUGAAACAUGACAGUAGAAAAAGUCGCGUUCGGAGGAACGAGUCGAGGUUCUGAAAUCAGUCCGAGUCACUUGAACAAAGAUGGCCCCCGGGGACAACAUGAACAAUGUGACUCUGACUCUGACAAUGCUCAUGUUUUUAUGUCUAUAUGACCAAUAGGCUUAGCCAAAAUGCUAAUAAAUAAAAUUCCCAUACAA